UUAACCUUUAUAAAUAUCACAUUAUCAAAUUUCAUUUUGUCCAAAAAAUGGCAAUCAAAAACAUCAUUUCCAUAACAUGUCUAUUCCUCCUCCUUCUUCCAUUAAUCUCUUGCACCAAAAACAAACAGAUUUAUCUAGUUGAGUUUAAAGAGAACACAAAUGAAGAUAAAACAUUGCAUGAAAUAGAGAAUACACAUCACUCUUAUUUGCAUUUGGUGAAAGAAACUGAGGAAGAAGCCAGAGCUUCACUUCUUUAUAGUUACAAACACACUUUCAAUGGCUUUGCAGCAUUGCUUACACCAAAUGAAGCCAAUAAUCUCUCAGGAAUGGAAGGAGUGGUCUCUGUGCAUAAGAGCCAGAGAAGGAUCUACUCAAUGCAUACAACAAGGUCUUGGAAGUUUGUGGGGUUAGAUGGACCAUUAGAUCCUUUUUUUGAUGAAAAAUCCAAUGAGACAAAUAGAGACAUUUUAGCCAAAGCAAAACAUGGAGAAGAUAUUAUAGUAGGAAUGGUUGAUAGUGGUGUGUGGCCAGACUCAAAGAGCUUCAGUGAUGAAGGGAUGGGUCCUGUUCCACAGAAAUGGAAAGGGGUGUGCCAAAGUGGAACUCAUUUUAGUUCAUCUAAAUGCAAUAGAAAGAUAAUUGGAGCUAGGUACUAUUUGCAAGGUUAUGAAAGUAUAUAUGGACCUCUAGAUGAAGAGGAGGAUUACAAAUCUGCUCGCGACAAAGACGGCCACGGAACACACACAUCUUCAAUAGUUGCAGGGCGAGCUGUUGCAAAUGCAUCUGCACUUGGAGGCUUCGCCAGUGGCACAGCUUCUGGCGGAGCCCCUUUAGCUCGCCUUGCAAUAUACAAAGCAUGUUGGCCAUUUAAAGGAAAAUCGAAAAGCGAUGGAAAUAUUUGUACAGAUAUUGAUUUGCUUAAAGCUAUAGAUGAUGCUAUUAAUGAUGGUGUUGAUGUUUUAAGUCUUUCCAUUGGGUUUCAUGAGCCAUUGACAUAUGAUGAAGAUGUUAUUGCCAAAGGUUCAUUACAAGCUAUAAAGAACAACAUUGUUGUUGUUUGUAGUGCUGGAAAUGCUGGUCCUUUUCCUCAUACUUUGUCAAACCCUGCUCCUUGGAUCAUCACUGUUGGUGCUAGUACUGUUGAUCGCACAUUUCUUGCUCCAGUUAAGCUCACCAAUGGUACAAUCAUUGAGGGUCGAUCAAUUACACCACUCCUCAUAGAAAAUAGUUUCCGUCCAUUAGUCUUUGCAAGUGAUGUUGAAAAUCCAAGUGUACCAAGUGCAAAUUCUAGUUAUUGCCUUGACAAUACCCUUGACCCAAGCAAGGUAAAGGGGAAGAUAGUGCUAUGCAUGAGAGGGCAAGGUACUAGAAUGAAAAAAGGGUUGGAAGUUCAAAGGGCUGGUGGUGUUGGUUUGAUCCUUGGGAACAAUAAAUUAUAUGGAAAUGACCUACCUUCUGAUCCUCAUUUCAUUUCAGCCACUGGAGUGAACUAUGACAAUACCUUGAAACUUAUUCAAUAUAUUCAUUCUUCCCCUAAUCCAAUGGCACAACUUUUACCUGGAACAACAGUGUUAGAUUCCAAACCAGCACCCUCUAUGGCUGUCUUCACUAGCAGAGGUCCUAAUAUAAUUGACCCUAAUAUUCUAAAGCCUGACAUAACAGCUCCUGGAGUAGACAUAUUGGCAGCAUGGACAGCUAAAGAUGGUCCUACAAGAAUGACAUUCAAUGAUAAACGAGUUGUUAAGUACAAUAUCUUUUCAGGAACUUCAAUGGCUUGCCCUCAUGUUUCUGCAGCUGCUGUUCUUCUCAAAGCCAUGUACCCUACUUGGAGUCCUGCUGCUAUAAGAUCUGCCAUCAUGACUUCAGCAAGGGCAAAUGACAACACAGGAAAACCAAUUACUGAUGAAACAGGAAAACCAACAACACCUUUUGCAAUGGGUUCUGGCCAUUUCCACCCCAAAAGAGCAACAAAUCCUGGACUUGUUUAUGAUGCUUCCUACACGGACUAUCUUCUUUACCUUUGUAAUCUCAAAACAACUCAAAACUUAAACCUUUCAUAUAACUGUCCAAAUCCACUUCCUGAACCAUUUGAUCUCAACUAUCCAUCAAUACAAAUUCAUAAACUCAAUUACACUAAAACUAUACAAAGAACAGUGACCAAUGUUGGUAGGAACGAAAGUGUUUACAAGUUUAUUGCUAAGCCACCUAAGGAAUUCAACAUUAUAGCUUUUCCAAGCAAAUUGAAAUUUACACAUUUGGGGCAGAAAAGGGAAUUUACCAUCACAGUGACAGAAAAUAAAGAUCAUAUACGAACCAAAAGUGAUUCUGAGAAGUACUAUUUUGGAUGGUAUACUUGGACUGACAGACGUCAUGUUGUAAAAAGUCCAGUGGCAGUGUCUUUUCAAUAGAAAAAUAUUGUCACAUUAUUCUUGUACUCAAUUUCUUAUCUUAAUAAAUUUAUUUAUUACUCUA